CCAAUAGAGCAGCUACGACAACUGAUCAAAGAUGUGAUGGCUAUAUUUGUGAAAACAAAAGAAUUCACGUUGCUUGAGUUUUAUGUGCUACAAAAAUGCUUUGAAGUUGCAUCCAACAUCAUGAAAGCUAAAUCUAUAGAAGACUGCACACUAAUAGGAAACGAUCUGGCUGAUUUAAAAUUUGCAGAAAUCACAAUUCACACAAUACGGGAGAAACAAUUGCUGAACAUUGACGCACCGGAUUUUAUAUGCAUGAUUCUUCGAACAUUGAAAUGGUUUACCAACAUUAGCAGAACUUUCUCAAAGACUUUAGCACAACAAGAAGUCGUAGACUUACUUGUACAGCGUUUACGUCAUUUACCAGACUCUACAAACAAGGAAUGGACUUCUUUUGCAAACAUCUCUGCUGGAAUAAUACUUCUUGUGUUGCAAAAUGAAAAGUGUAUUAAGGAUUAUGACAUAAAAGAAUUAGCACCGUUAAUGUCAAAGUUUGUUAGCCGUAAAGAUCAAGAAGCAAUUACCGACAUUAAACUACUACAUUUGUAUAUAGACAACAGUAAGCGAUCAUGGUUUCCAGAAAAAGUUGCUGCACAAAUGUGUGUUCAAGGAAUUAUUCAUGCUAUUGAAAAUAAAAGAAGAUCAUACAAGGGCUUUAACUUGGUGGCUUGGAUAAAAUGUCUGACGAAAAUGUGUCAAGCAGCUAAAAUUAUAUAUGAGAUUUUAGCAGCCGAACCACUUGACUGUUUGUAUGAUGGCAUAAGCUCCCCAAUCGUUACGGAACAAGAAGCUGCUGCUGAUUGUUUGUUUGCUAUUGCGGAAAAAAGUCCUGGAAAUUUUAAAAUUGGCGAGCACACAAAAAUUAUGUCUUUCCUUGAAACAAUGCAAUGUUGUGGAAAUGAAAUAUUAGAGAAGAAAGCAAUAUCUGUGUUAUGGUAUGUCAAACAGGAGGCAAUUAUUUUGAGCAAAAAAGAAGAAAUCCUGGCUCCGAUACUUCCUGAGCAAUGGGAUAAGUCGACUUACCUUGGAAAUGGAACAUAUGGAUGUGUUUACCUACUACAAGAUUUAAAUGAACCAACUGCUGAAGAGUUUGCUUUAAAGGAGAUGGAAUUAAUGAAGGGAAAAUCUUUUGAAAAUCAAAUGAAUUCAGAGUUAAACAUAUUGUUUAAAGUUAGUCAUCACAGACUAGUCAGAUUUUUUGGAUUUCAAAAGAAACUGUCAAAACUGUGUAUGUUUUUUGCAUACAUGCCUAUGGGUUCUCUAAGAGCUUUUGCAAAAAAACAAAAUGGAUUAUCGGAGAAAACUAUCAAAACGUUUACACUGCAAAUUCUAGAAGGACUGAACUUUUUACACAGUCGAAUUUCGCCUAUUAUACACAGGGAUAUUAAAGGUGAGAAUGUUUUAUUGGAAAAUGAAAACAGUGUCAAGCUAGCUGAUUUUGGAUUGGCGAAAAUAGUAACCAACUCAAAUCUACCUAAAACAAAUGAAACUUGCACAACUAAGUGGGUCGCACCAGAAGUACUGAAAGGGAGCGAAAAUACGCCAUACGAUUGUAAAGCUGAUAUUUGGAGUUUGGCAUGUACUGUGGUGGAAAUGGCUACAACAAAUCCACCAUGGCCCGAUCACUUACCAGAACAGCACAUGUUUCAACUAGUCAUGGGAAAUAAACCACAGUAUUUACUUUCAGAUGCGUAUUCCCAAGCAUUGCAUGCUUUUUUGAAUAAAAUGUUUCAAUAUGAUCCAGAAAAAAGACCAUCAUCACUUGAGCUCUUGAAUGACCCGUAUGUUAAAUGGACGUGUCAAUCAGCAUCCAAUUGAACAAUUUAUUCUAUACUAGCCGUCCCGGCCAGGCCCUGCUCUGGUUUCUGUGAAAAACCUUUCUGUUAAAGACCAUUACCUGUGUGUUUAGUAAUCAUCAUAAACCCGGCAUUGCACACCCAAACCAAAACCAAAACAACAAAACGCAAACAUAACGCUAACACAAUUACAAAUACAAACGAAAACAAAAACCUAACAACUAACCCAACCACAACCACAAACACCAAUACGAACACAAAGAAAAAAACAAACGAAAAAGCAAACGAAAACAAACCAAAUCCAAAUGCAAAACCAACCACAAACCCAAAGAAAAAAACACAAACGAAAAAACAAACGAAAACAAACCAAAUACAAACGCAAAACCAACCACAAACACAAAUACAAACACAAACGCAAAGAAAAUAAAACACAAACGAAAACGAAAAAAGAAAGAACAAAAACGAACCAAAUCAAAACGCAACCACUAACGCAAACCCAACCUAAACACAAAGAAAACACUAACGCGAACAUAAACGCACAGUGCUCAGAGUCUAGCCCGGGGCGGAAUCGCCUGCUUCAGCUUAAUAAACGACUAUAGUACCCCAACUUAUUCAUAGUCUUUUGCACUCACUUUAAUGAACGUAGGCGCGAAACCGAACACGGGAGGCCCGGGACCCCAAAUAGCACCCU